GGAUUUCAAAUCUAAAAUAACCCAGUGAGGUGUGAAAGGGUUACUGUUAGCCUCGUCAGACUUCAGUGAGAGCCUGUGUAUAUGGAGAGGGAGGGAGUGUUUUACCACCACCAGCAGCGGUACAUCCCGUCUCCUGUAUACACGAGGUCACACACCCUCCUCAACCAGUCAGUACCUCUCUGUCAAGCUGUGAAAGCGCUUCUCCUGCACCAGAGACAUUUACAGCAAUGACACCUCUGCUGCGCGUGUGUUGGCUACUCUUGGCAGCCCAGGGCUCGGCGUUUAAUCUGGAAACAACUAACACGAUCGCAAAGGAAGGAGAGCGAGGGAGUUUGUUUGGGUUUUCUGUGGCUUUACACAAACAGACCAGCCCGGACGCUCAGAGUUGGAUUUUGAUCGGGGCACCUCAGGCCCGAGCCCAAUCGCAUCAACAUGCAAACCGCACUGGAGGACUCUUUGCCUGCCCGAUAAUAACAGAAGAUGAUGACUGUGAUCAAGUCAACAUUGAUAAUGAUGUUGACCUGCAACGGGAGAGCAAAGAAAACCAAUGGCUAGGGGUGACGGUCAAAAGCCAAGGAGUUGGAGGGAAGAUUGUGACUUGUGCCCAUCGCUAUGAGGUGAGGCAGCGCGUGGACCAGCUGGCAGAAACCCGGGACAUGAUCGGCCGUUGCUACGUGCUGAACCAGGACUUGAAGGUCAAGGACGAGUUGGAUGGUGGCGACUGGAAGUUCUGCGAAGGCCGCACGCAGGGCCACCAGCGGUUCGGCUACUGCCAGCAGGGAAUCGCCGCCGGCUUCACGCCAGACGACCACUACAUCUUAUUUGGCGCCCCGGGCACGUACAACUGGAAAGGUAAUGUCCGGGCAGAAUUGUACAGUCACUCUAUGGUCCACAUGGGAAUCUAUGACGACGGACCAUACGAAGUGGGUGAUGAAAGAAGGCAGGAGGCUGAGCUGGUUCCUGUACCUGCCAAUAGCUACUUAGGUUUAAUAUUUCUGUCAACAACCAGUAGUUCAGACCCUGAUCAGCUGGUUUACAAGACACCGGACCCUGCUGAGAAAGCAGCCAGAAGCCCUCAUGACGUAACCCAACAUAGUUACUUAGGGUUCUCUGUAGAUUCAGGUAAAGGGCUCAUUCGGCAGAACGAGUUGAGCGUUGUCUCGGGGGCACCGAGAGCCAACCACACUGGGGCAGUGGUGAUCCUGAGGAAAGAAGGUGUCAACAGACUGGCACCCGAGCACAUCUUGUGGGGAGAGGAGCUGGGCUCAUCGUACGGCUACGCAGUCGCCACAGUGGAUCUCAACAGUGAUGGGUGGAUGGACCUUGUGGUCGGCGCUCCGUACUUUUUUGAUCGGAAGGAAGAGAUUGGAGGUGCUGUGUACGUCUACAUUAACCAGGCCGGCAGGUUGAAUCGAGUGAGCUGCAUCCGACUCAAUGGGACCAAGGACUCCUUGUUCGGACUGGCUGUGGCUAACAUUGGGGACAUCAAUCAAGAUGGUUUUGGAGACAUUGCUGUUGGGGCCCCGUACGAUGAACAUGGCAAGGUCUACAUCUACCAUGGAAACAAGUUUGGCCUGAACACAAUUCCUGCUCAGAUAAUCGAAGGAGAAACCGUGGGAGUGACCAAGUUCGGGUACUCCAUUGACGGAGGAAUAGACAUUGAUGAUAAUUCUUACCCAGAUAUGGUGGUCGGGUCACUCUCUGAUUCUGCAGUUCUGUUCAGAGCAUGUCCUGUCAUUAAUAUGACGAACCGAAUUUACAUCAAUCCGCAGCAAAUUGAUCUGGAGUUGGAGAACUGCAGGCUUAUGGCGGGCAUCUGUAUUGAUGUCAGGGCCUGCUUCCUUUAUAAUUCGAAGCCUGAAUCCUACAACCCCAGGAUUGUUCUCGGCUUCGCAAUUGAGGCCGACUCGCCGGAGGUCGAAGGUCAGACGAGGAGGCCCCCCCGCGUGACCUUUCUGAAGAGGAGUCCUAGCGACGCGGAGAACCAAUACACCGGUGAAGUGGUCCUCAGGAGGCAGUCGCUGCGCAACUGUGUCAACGUCACCAUGAAGCUGCGGGAGAACAUCAGAGACAAGUUGCGACACAUCCCAGUCACGUUGACGUACUUGAUCAAGGAUGCCAAACGCACGAGGAAGCAGGCGGACAGGCAGCUGGCAUACUUGAUGCCUGUCUUAAAUGCUGAUGUUUCUCGCACAUUGCGGGAAGAGGUGAAUUUCCUGAGGGAAGGCUGUGGUCCUGAUAAGAUUUGUCAGAGCAACCUACAGUUGAAGUAUAGAUUUGGCACCCGGCUGAACGAUGCCUUCCAGCCAUUGCCACUAGAUGAACAAGGAAGGCAAGUGUUCUCUUUCAGUGACCAGAAUGACAUUGCAUUGGAGAUCACCGUCACCAACUUCCCGACUGACCCCAGGAACCCAAGUAAAGAUGGAGACGACGCACACGAGGCCGUUCUCACGGCAAACUUCCCCGACACACUCUCCUACUCUGCUUUCCGAUCAUCUCAGGACAAGAAUCUGGACUGCGUGGCAAAUACCAACGGUUCUCAGGCUGAAUGUGAGAUGGGAAACCCCAUGAAGCGAAAUGCUGAGGUCACCUUUUACCUGAUCUUAAGCAUAGCUCCGAUCACCAUCGAAACCACCACCUUGCCAAUUAUUCUUCAGCUGACAACCAUUAGUGAACAGAGUGAUCUGAGCCCCAUCACAGCCAUUGCACACGUCAUGAUCCUUCUGCCCCUCACCCUCUCCGGAUCUUUCGCACAUAAUUAUGUCAACUUUGGAGGUGAAAUAGUGGGAGAGAGUGCCAUAAAAUCAGAGGACGCUGUGGGGAACAUUGUGAAUUACAAAUUAACGGUGGCGAACACGGGCAAAGCUGUGAAAACCCUGAGCUCGGCGUUCCUGAAUAUCCGCUGGCCUCAUGAGAUCAGCAACGGCAAGUGGCUGCUGUACCCAAUGAAGAUCGAGAUUGAGGAAGAUGAGAAUGUACAGUGCUCUCCUCUUCAUGGUAUCAACCCUCUUAACCUGACAUUUAGCAACAGAAGCCAAGCGGAUCCCCUUGCCGAGCGGCUGCACGGAGAACAUGGAGGCCAGCGACAGAUAGUGACUCAGCACACAGGAGCGAAGAAGAGCCUGACCCUGGAUUGUGAACAGGGGACUGCCAACUGCAUUGUCUUCCAGUGUCCCCUGAAAACCCUGGAUACAACCGUCGUGAAAGUAAGAGCCCGGCUAUGGAACAGCACGUUUCUGGAGGAGUACGCCUCCCUCAGUGACAUCCACCUGAUCAUUCGCGCUGACAUUAGUGUGAAGUCAAGCAUUAGAAACCUGAAGGUGCAGAAGGCUGCCGCACAGGUCACCUUGCGAAUACAUCCAGAGAAGGCGAGCGCUGUGUACGGCGAAACGCCCUGGUUGAUUAUACUCAUUGCUGUCCUGGCAGGAAUCCUGGUGUUGGCUCUGCUUGUCUUUCUCCUUUGGAAGUGUGGAUUCUUCAAGCGUUCCCGUUACAACGACACCGUUCCUCAGUACCACGCCGUGCGGAUAGGCAAGGAGGAGCGACAGCUACACACUGAUGAAAAGAAGACACAAUAUCAGAAGGAAUGGAUGACACACUGGAUUGACAGUGACGGCUACUCAUGAACAUUAUUUAUUUCGAUCUACUUUAACAAGCAGCUUAAAACAAUGCCCUCCCUAACCUCACAGCACCCAGCAAACCUGUAUGUUUCUGUUUAUAGCACUGCACGGAAUAUGACCACAGUGAGGGCCACAUACUUGAAUCCACAACCCCGAGCAGAUCCUUGGCUGCUUUCUGUUGCCGAUGCUUUUUCCGUCAUGGCUUUGUGGACCACGACGGUGCUUGCCAUUGCUGGAUCAGAAAUUCCUUGGUGUCAUUUGUACUAGUUCCUUCCCCAGGGAGUAAGCAUCCUCCCCUGUACCAAUCUCCACCUCCUUUCCCCCCCAACUUGAACCAUGCCACCUGUUACCUUGCCAUAGUGAUGUCCCGGCUCAGAUCCUGACAAAGCAACCUAGCUUACAGGCUGAGUGAGUGUGGCUUCAGUGAGGAUUUGACACUCACCACUAGAACACACCUCAGUUCCCACUGUUCAUCAUGUCCUGUAGGAACCAACCCAGGGUUUCUGCCUGGGCUCAUAGGGUUCUGAUAAACGUUAGCGUAUAGAGAACUACAACAUUGAAAGUGAAUCCCGAGCCAUCACUUUUUAAGGGGGAAGUCAUUGUAUUAAAGGAUAAUCAGAGUCGGCAUACCCACAGAAUGACUGGUUCAAUAAAAGUCCAAGACACUC